UGGCAUGCCAGGUAUUGCCAAAGACGAAAUUUAGAUACUUGGAAGUCUGUGACCUAGAUUAUAGGUGAUCGUGUCAUUCGGUGUUGAUCUGCUUUCUAAUCGGUGCUAAAAUUUUGAAGCAUGGAGAAUGUUCUUGUAUCCUACAAGGGGAAAACAAAACUCGUGCCAUUUUCAUCGGAGAACCUUGAGGAGCUCAAACAGAAGAUACGAAGGAAGUUCCCAGACAUUCCCGAUGGAAGAUUUGAAAUCCAAGCACAGGUUAAAAAUUAUGAUGGUAAAAAGAUCAGCGUUGAUGAUGAUGAAGACCUUGAACAAGUCAAAAACCAACUUGAAACACUUCACAUUCGCAGUUUGAGUGUUGGCACUGAAACAGCACCAGUGGUAGCAGACGAAACUUACAGAAUCGAUCGAAUACCAGAUCGUGAUUCCUCCAUUGUACAGGAAAUGAUGAAUGAGUUUAAGGCCGAAGUUGAAAAGGUAGGUGGAGUCGGCUUGCACACAGAAUUGGAAAACAUUCGUGAUGCUGCGGACCUGUUCCAACUUGCUGCUACUGCUGGUAACACCGGGGGAGCCAAUCUGCAUUACAUUGAAGAAAAGUCGAACGAUACCAUUACCUUCCUGCUGCAACUUUUCACCGAUGUCGAUGUAUAUUACACACGCUGCACGUCUUCUUGCAAAUCUGUUCUUAAUACGGUGAUGGUGGCGGCUCAGUUUCAUAUGGAAGAACUCGACGAUAUUGCAAUAAAAGAACUGGCCAAACUGGGCAAGGUUUCCAGCGAUAUGGCGUCACUCUGCAAGACACUCGUGGAAAAGGUUGACGGUGGACUAGCGUUAGUCAAAGACAUAAAACAGCACGUUGCGGGGGAGGUGGAUAUGCAGAGAAGUAACAGGGGCGAACUGGGACAGCUCCCGGUUAAAAUAGAAAAGAAGAACUUAGAUAUUGCCGUUAAACGUGAGAAUUUGGAAGCAUCGAAGACCGGAUCCGAACAGAGGAACAACAAUUCUGCAGAGAUGAGAGAAUCACUAAAUAAGGCGACCACUGCAGCAGCCGGCAUGUCCGCAGCAGUGACCACCGCUGUUGCAGCUGGAAUAAAAACUGGUGCGUUGGCCAUGACGUUUCCUGUAGUUGGCGUUCCAUUGGCGAUGCUCGCGGCGACAGGAACGCUUCUGUUUGCUUGUAAGAAGCAGACAUCUGACAUCAACGCACAGCAAGUUGCAGAUGAAGACAUCUUGUCUGAGAGAAGGCGGGAGGAGGCAGCAGCACAGAUGGAACUACUUGACCUCACUCUCAAGCUUCAAGAACUGAAAGAUGUGGAAAUAGAGCACGUCUUAGAGUGUCUCCACCAGGUCUCUGGGCAGUUGCGGAAGCUUCAUUCUACACUAUUCGCAUGGAAAUCAUUCUGGGAGAAAUUAGCGAUUAUCUUUUUCCAAAGACAGCAGGAAACGGAGGAAAGAUUUGUCGACUAUGCCAAUGAAGAAAACGAACGACUGCACUCCAUCCUCAGUGGAAAGGGUUUCGAAAAGAUGCUCAUUGAAUACUUGGCACGAUGGGUCGCUUUUCAAGAACACUGCGAAAAAUCGCAAGCCAUGUUCAAGGCGAACAUUGAUCCGCUUCACCAACUGAUGGAAAGGAACCUAACCCAGUCGGAGGCAAGAGCGGAACUGCCAAAUAGAGCACGGGCUAUUUGUGAGAAAAAGCUGACUGACUGUUAGACAAGGGGCAGUCAUAGUUAACCUUGAUGGUGAGGGUUAUUGUAUGUCGAAAUACCCCAGACAAGCCAGCAGUGGCCCAAGAAAAGCCGAGGAACCCUAGUUUCCUUAGUUUCUUCAGUCCGAAUGGGAGUUAUGUAUAUACUCACGCUACAAUGUAUGCAAAUACUAAAUAUUCUAUUUUCUGCUUCACCGAUUUCAGACCGUUCCUUUUUUACUAUUCGUGAAACGAGAAAUAUGAUACAUAUUGUUGUUCGAUACCAUUUGACGUGUUUAGUUUGGAUAGACGACAUGGGUUGGUGAUUGCCAUUAUGUCUGGUUCCUGCUUGGCCUGUGUGUCGAUAUCGUGCGGUCUUGAAUCGGUGAAACUAGACCGAUUACUAAUAUUUUAUUAACGGUAUGCUCUUUUUGAAAUACUCUAGGUAGGAUGUCAGCUAUACACACACUGUAGAUAAAUAAGUUAACUGUCUGUGAUAUACCAUGCACGUCUAAUGCUCGCGCCAGAACUAUAACCAGAGAAAUGACCCUUUUGCUCCGAUCCAUGUCAUGAAUAUACAAUGUACAUAUCUUAACUCAUAUUUUGUAAAUAAGUCUAGAAAUGCUGUGAUCAAGUAUUAGAUGCGACUUCCUACCAGAGAGAUAAUCUAAAAACGUGAAUUCAUAUUCAUAAUAUAGUUGUUUUGGAUCACAGAAUGGUCUUUUAAUAAUUCGUACUACUUGUUUUAGUGCUCAAAUCACUAUAGAGUGUCCUUGAAUUCAUGCUUGUUAUAGGGUUCUAAUCAGAAUUAAUACCUAUCGUAGUGGAUAUCAGAAAUAAGUGAUGAUGUCGUGUUGAUCAGAAUGAAGAAUAAUUGAAAAGAGGAACUUGACACAAUUUUUUUGAUCAACUGAGAUUUUCAUGAGUCGAGCUUGCGACUCUAACGUGUCUACUUCACGGCUCUCGAUCGUGGUGGAGGAUGAUGCUGCAGCGGUGCAUUGCAGUCCAUUCCCUGUAUUCUGCUUGGUUGAUUCCUGUAUAUACAUGUAUACGGUAUAGUUUGCCGCUCCCUUGGCAGAAAGGGAGAAGGAGAUGAAAGUCUGAAGUGAAAGUGAAGUUUAUGUAGGAUCGAUGUACGCAUAGUUAUGUAAGAAGUUAAAUAAAGCCUCCCGUAAACGACAA